AUGCCCUGGAAGCGAUGUCUGUACCUACAGCAGAAAUAUCCGAUAAACUACAUCGAGAUACGCCAUGCGUAUCGAAAAAGAAGCGUAAAUGAAAUACAUGAAGAUAUAAACAGAAUGAUCAUCCGGAUAUCCAUAGUAAUGCUGACCCUUUCCUUGCUCAAGGUCAUGGUGCUGGAGGAUGAGCUUGGAAUGCCUAAGUCGUCAUGGUUCUCGUUCAUCUCCACGCUCACAGAAAACUUCCUGGAAAACAAGGAAAACAUAGGAAUCAAUCUAAAGCCUGGAUUCAUGCUGCUCACCUUUGCAUAUCUACUGUCUCCUCUGAUAAGAACCCUGACGCUUGAAAUCCACCCAACCACGUUGUACGCCUACUUCGCUGUAACCCAGAUCCUCUUUGUUGUAGACUCUGUGUCUGCGUCGAUAUACAACACAGGAUCCUCAGCAGAGGUGAAAGACGAGUGGACACCUCUUUCGCUUGAGGAGAGCAUAAACAUACCGAAAAAAAUAUCAAGCAACCAGAUACUCGGAUUAACGUCAUACUUCCUGGGAUUCAUUCUUCUGUCGUCAAGGUUCAGCAAGCCAUCCUCUGUGUUCAAUUUUCUAUGUCUGACAUUCAUGGGAUACAUCAUCCUCCUGAACCAUGCAGAACGACUGGGAAUCCACAAAAGCACGAAUGCAAUGGUUCUGGUCUAUGUUUCUGUAUCCAUCAUAAUCUUUCUUCCAGACAUAAAGAUAUUCUGUAUAUAUAGCUGCAUGGUAACAUUUGUGUACUCGGUUUCCCACAUGUCUGUCUGGCUUCUUGAGAGGGAUCUUAACGGAAGGCCGAGCCAUCCAAGUAAAUAUCAGUGA